GCGGUGCGGCGCAGCGCAGCGCUGCCAAGAUGGCGGCCUCCGGUUUGUGGCGUGCGGCCUUGUGGCUGCUCUGCCUCUCUGAUCUGCUACUGUUGCUGCUGCUUCCUCCUCCGGGAUCCUGCGCUGCCGAGAGCCGGGCCGGUAUGCCCGGCGAUGCUGCUCCUCCUCCGCGGAAGAAGAAGGACAUUCGAGAUUACAACGAUGCGGACAUGGCGCGUCUUCUGGAGCAGUGGGAGAAAGAUGAUGACAUAGAAGAAGGAGAUCUCCCAGAGCACAAGCGACCCUCAGCACCUGUCGACUUCUCACAGAUAGACCCUGGCAAGCCAGAAAGUAUAUUAAAGAUGACGAAAAAAGGGAAGACUCUGAUAAUGUUUGUCACUGUAUCAGGGAGCCCCACUGAAAAGGAGACAGAGGAGAUCACCAGCCUGUGGCAGGGCAGUCUGUUCAAUGCCAACUACGAUGUCCAGAGGUUCAUCGUGGGAUCAGACCGUGCUAUCUUCAUGCUUCGUGAUGGGAGCUAUGCCUGGGAGAUCAAGGACUUUUUGGUCAGUCAAGACAGAUGUGCUGAUGUCACUGUGGAGGGACAGGUAUACCCUGGCAAAGGAGGAGGAAGCAAAGAGAAAAAUAAGACAAAACAAGAAAAGGGUAAAAAGAAAAAGGAAGGAGAUCCCAAACCUCGGGCUUCCAAGGAAGGCAAUCGAGCUGGAAACAAACGAGAAGACCUUUAAUGGAGCACUUGCACUCCAAGGAGGAGCUGAUAAAACACGGCGACCUUG